AUGAAAGUAUGCUGUGGUGCUGUUAAAACGAUAAAGGGUGCUGUCGCAUUGGCUGUCGCAUUUUUCUUCGCUGUUUCCUUGUUUAGACUGGUUGUCGAAAUCUUUAGAUUCGGUACAGGCUGUGCACAGGAUGAUUCAAUCUGUAUCGCUUUUGUAGUAGGCCUAGGUGUUGGAGUCCCUGUGUUGAUCACCUUAAGGAUGUUACGACGGAAAAUGGUAUGAGCUAAAUUUGUACUUAGAUUCAACUGCAGUUGCAAUACUACUGAAACAGGUACUUCGCGAAUUCAAAGAUACGCCUGUCGGUUACAGCACACAAAAACACGUGAACUCUGAAGUUCAAAAGCCAGAUAGUGCUUCCGUUCUUCAGUCCUGACAAUCAUCUUAGCAGACCUCUCAGGAAACAGAAAUUGUCUUCAACGAGUUCAAAAGUUCGUGGUUUGUGGUUUAUGAUUGGUGGAUUUCGAUCCAUGUUUUGGUUUUCUGUGUUUCGCAGUAACGACUUAGGUCACGUGGUUUUGUUUGUCAAACCAAAAAGGUGAGCUCACGUUGUACAAUGGCACAGGUACUAGUUGGAGAUAAAUGCUAAAAGUAGUACUGAUUCAGGCUCCGAAGGCUUUUUAUAGACAUUCAAAGUUAUAUAAGAUUGUUUACUGCUAUGUAGUGUAAAAUCAGCUUGUGGAUGAUAAGUGACAAGUAAGAAGGAAAACAAUAGCAGCGCGCUUUAUCACUGGAUAAUGUUCCUUUAUUAGUGGGAAGCCACUAAUCCAAAAUCUUUUAGAGCAAUCGGUGCGAAGGAUUUUUAUAACGUACAGUGUUAUGCACGAAACGGUUUCUAUUUAUGCUGCCUUUGUUUAACCACUACGCCACUACGUUUUGCUCUUCCCUUUCAGCCUAUCUAUUUCCCAGUCUCUUGUGGUCACAGAAAGUUAAUAUUUACCGGAACAAGUUCCAAAUCUCUUGAAGAAAUACUUUUGUGCGUUGAACAAAAUAUCGCGACAGAAGAGGAACUUCGUCACUUGAAAGAAGGAGCUCAAUGUUAUCUGAAUGAUAUCAAGGUUCAGCUGGAAAAGGCAGCAGGAAUGCAAAUGAAGCUUAUCUUUUCAGGAAGUACGGUUGAGAGAUACGGAAUCCCACGGAUGCUGUUAGGCAAUAGCUGCUGCGCUGGUUUCAGUCUUGGUUCUCUUCACACUGGUCUUGACGUCAUGAUUUGCCCCAUGGCAGUAAGAGCUUGUUUUUCAGGUCAAGGGGACAUACAUUUGGCACCCCUUAUUAGCGAUGGCGUCAGGGUUAUUGGAUACACUAAGCUAUUUCGCCUUACUCCUAUGCGCAAAACGAUUUGGAUCAGCCCAAGGCUUGCCAUAAAUGAAGGCAAAGAUGCUGUGAAAAGCACCCCUCUUCUCAAUUUUCCUAAGAAACCAUGGUAUGUUUUGGCGCCAAAAAUACAUGUCGAAUCCAAAGGGCCAGCAUUGAAGAUUAGCGUGCCUGCUGGUUUUGAGUUGGACGUCACAUUUUGUUUCUACUGCCCUGAGUGGCCAACCAAUAGUGACUGGCCUUCUCGACCACGCUACUGGCCUAGUAUGGCUGAUGCGCAGAGGAUUAUGUCACUUGGCUGUCAUGUGGUAGCAAAGUCGGCACCAUGCGACAAGGAGAACAAAAGCUGGAGAUUCUCUUUCUCUGUGGCAGAAUGUGAACUAUCUAAGCUAGUACCAGAUACAGCAAAGAAAUGUUUCUUGGCAUUGAAAAUCAUCCUAAAGGACCAUCUCCAGCCCGUAGUUCCUGAAAUCAGUUCAUACCACAUUAAAACUGUUUUUCUUAACACUAUGGAAAAAUUACCAGUCGGUUUCUGGGCAGACGAAAACAUUGAAAUAUGCUUUCUAACAUUACUGAAAGAGCUUCACAUUGCCCUUCGGACAAUGAAAUGCCCACAUCAUUGGUUUAGUUCCAUCAAUUUGUUUUCAAUU